GGAUUCACCAAAACUUCAGAAGAAGGACACGACAAUGGUGAAUUCAUACGUUCCUCUUCGUUUCACCAUUUUCAUUUCCUUCUCCAUCGCAGCAGCUUCUUCCUUCAAACUCGCCAGUUCCCAAUCUCCGUCGUCGUUGCCAAAAGCCAACGCCGGCGAUCUUCUCUCUGUUCUCGGACCAUCCUCCACCGCGUCUUUCCUCAAUCCCAUCGUCUCACGAGAAAUCAAAUCGUGUCUCAAAUUCCUCGUCCCUUUCAAAUCGGAUAAAUCUAAACCCGAAUUGGGACGAUGUUCGCUUCGUACUGGACUCUGUUCAGGUAAAAUUGACGCCGUUGAGAAGCUGAGUAAGUUUGAAGAGGAGAAUUCUCUAAUCUGGUGGCCACCGGAAUCGGUUCUAGAGCUUGCUCGUCUCGCUGUUGACUCCGGUGGUGAUCCCGGUUCAAUUCAGCGAACUCUCAAUCCCAAAAUGAUCCCGGUUCCUGAUGUUGAACGAUCAAGAAAAGAUAAAUGUCAACUUACAAGAACUACUUAUGGUCGUCAUUUUAUAGCAGAGGAAGUGAACUCAUAUUUCGAGUUCUUGUUUCAUCUAAUUGAAUCUAGGGGACCUAGUGUUGGAUUGGAUGUUUCGUUGAGUCGAUAUGAUUUGUUCCAUGGUCACCUUUUUCUUGCCUCAGAAUCUGGACGCCUUGGAAUAUUGUUUCAUGCUAAAGAGUAUCCAGCCUAUGACAAGAAAGUGUUUCCUUACAACAUGGGUUACUGCCAGAGAGGAUCUGACAUGAGAUACGAUGAUUCAAUGAACUUGAGGAAUAUCCUUUGGCUUGCACCAUUACCCAGCAACUCUUCUCCAGAUUGGCUUGCUCCAGGUGUACUUGUGGUGCUUGAUGCGCAUCCGGAUGGAAUCAUAUACCGAGAUCUCAUCCCUGACUAUGUUAAGUUUGUAAGAACAAUAUACGAAGAUGAUUUGGGAACAACUGCGGUUGAUGUCAAUUACUUGAAUGUCGGAGCUCACGAACCGGACUAUCAGCUUUUCGUGUGCUGAAACCAGUUAGAGAUUCACAAUCCCACAGUUGUCUGAUUGAAACUUUGAUUAAGAUUUAGAUACUGGAGAUGGUUUAGGAUUAGAUUUGACAUAUCACUUGCCUUUUGAUUCACAGAGUUUGUGUUGGUGAUGUAAAUUAAUUAAUUUCCAGAGCAUCA